GUCGAAGCAGACGUCAAACAGCGUUGACUGAAUCUGCGUAGAUCUCCUCGAAAAGUAGGGAAGGAAAUUUUUGAAGCAUGUCACGAAAAAGCAACAUACUGCAGAAUGCAGGAUCAAAAAACGAGGCCAUAUUUGGAACACCACAAGAACCAGUUUUUAACAGCACCAGAAGUGAAGAUUUUCCUGAAGUUCUACAAGAAUGGCUGAUUAAUUUAGCUAUGCGAAAUUGUCAAGAAAUUCAGCAAGCAUGUGUCCCUCAUGGUUUGUUUAAGCAAGGUGCUGCAGCUGCUUUUUUAUUCUUAGUGUGUGACAAGUUACAGCUGCCAUGGCAAGUGCAGUUUACAGCAAUAGAAUUGUUUGACAGAUUUAUGAGGAAGCAUAUUGAGGAUCUUUAUAUGUAUGUGUACAAUAACUCCUCUAAGCCAGCUGCCAAAGUGACAGAGUGGAGAAGCAUUGUGGAGCGAGUGGAGAAACAACUUGUCUUGAGAAUUGUCUCUUGCUGCCAGAUUGCUAGCAAGCUAAAUUCUCACUAUGAGGUUAUAACAGUCUCUCGUGCCAAACGGUUUCUUCUGGACUUUGGCUUCAAUUACUCAAAUGACAGUGUUCUUCAGUCUGAACUUCGUGUGCUUAAGACUGUUAACUUUGAUGUGAAUGUUUCAUCCCCUUUGGACUAUGUUGAGACUCUUCUUCAAGUUUUAGCCCAUAAUGCUGCUGCUUUUGACUUGCCCAUAUCUCUGUACCAGUCUGUGGCAACAAAACUUCUGACCAUCUUGUAUAUUAGAAGUAAUCAUAUCUUCGUGUCUUUGUUACCCCAAGCUGGCCUUACUUCUACAACACUUCAACAAAGGCUGAGUGCAAUUCAAGCAGACAAGCUUCUGAUGGGGUUGGCAGUCAUUGCAGCAGCUGUUUAUAUCUGUGACAAGCAGCAUACUGAUCUGGUAUUCGAAAGGUGGAUCGGUGAGAUGCAGUCUGUUCAGAGUCAGGUGAUUCAAAGGAUAUAAAAAAACUAAUGUUGAAGAGGAGCAACAGGCUGGAAGUUACUGGAAGGUGAUCAGUCAGCUGCACCGCAUCACUCGCGUGUUGAGCGAGGACGUGGAGGACCUGGUGUGCUGCUUGCUGCACGAGUUACACUUGGGGUGUGCCGACUGAGACUCUACACUACAGACUACACAGCUAGCUACAUUGCUGCCUGCAUUACAAGCUACACUGUUAGCUGCAUUAGUGCCUGCAUUGCAGGCUACACUUCUGGUGCCAGUACAGAUUUGUUCGGUAAAAGCAGUUUGCAUUGCAUUCGCCGUUUUCGAUUUUCAGGAGGGAUUAAAAGAAAAAUACAUGGACGGAAUGGGAGUAUUAUCUUUUUUGUCAGUUGGGGGAAGCCAUCUGUAAUGUUAAAACACAUCAUUACAGAUUCCCCCUACUGCCUUCAAGUCGGCUCUGUGUAAGUGGUGAACAAUGGAGUUUGCUAUAAAAUAUGACCUUUUUUACGGUACAUUUGAACAGUUUCCAUUUGUUCAGUUGUUAAAGUCAGGAUAUUAUGACAAUUUAAUAUCGGGAUUUUGUUAUGCCUGAGUCUAUAUGAGUGUGUGUGUGUGUGUGCGCGCGCGCGCGCGCCUAAUUAGAAGACUUCAGAAUAAACGAAGUCAACACAGCUCUUGUUGAAAUGGACCAUGUGACUGUUGUAUGCCUGUCCUCUCCUAACAUGUUUUCUAACCUCUAACUAGUAUCCACACACUUCCCUUUCACACUCCCUACCCCUGUCUGUGUAUGUGAGAGAGAUAGAGAGAGGGAGUGAGUGUGGAAAGAAAUAGAUAUUGGAUUCAGGUGUACACAUGUUACUGUGUUUGGUGGAUUUUAAAUCAUUAUUUUUUGUAAGUUUUACUAGAUUUUUCUCAUAAACGCUAAAUCAGUAUCAAAGUUUAUAUAUCUUUGGAUUUGGUAGAAAAUGUAGUCUAUAAUUUUUCUAGCACAUUGUUUAUAUGCUUUCUGUUCAACAUUUUAAUAAUGUGCCUCUGUAAUGUAAACAUUUUCUGUUAGCAAGAAGAUUUAAAGGUCAACACGUGUCCAACAUUUUUGUGCGUGUGAUCGGGUUAAGUUCCUUUUCAAAUAAUAAUUCCCAAAAUAUUAGUAGAUAAUUAUGCUUAAUUUUCAAGAUAUCUGUCUUCCAGCAUCAGCAUUCUUGCCUGCCAUUAGAAAAAUAAAAACAGAAAAAUACCCGCUACGGAGAGAGCUCCCUUGCGUAACAGUAGUGUUUCUAACAGCGAGUGCGGCUCACUGCAGCAAAUCUGUUGAUGUCUUCGAGUCAUAUGAACAAAUAUCGCUGAGGUUGUCGUGUGAUUUUGGAAUACAGCCCUACAUAUUUCAACUUUUUUUUUACGAAGCCUCGACUGAAGUUAAAAAAAUAAAAUUGUCCAGACUGAAUUCACUGGACAGACUUGUAAAUAAAUCUCAUCCAUAUCAAAAUUUAGUCGGCAACAAUCAGGGUCACUGCAGUCUACGUUAUAUUAUUAUUGAUCCUCUCUUAUUAAGUGGGUGCAUUUGAGUAAAUUUUGCAAGUGUAUUAUUGUUAAUAAAAUAUAAACACGUUUAAAUAUACGUUUGUGUAAGAAAAACUUCUGUAAUUUUUUAUUUGAUAGAUGGGUAAUUUCCAACGUUGCAUUUUCAUUUUAUAGUUACAACUGAUUGCUGAUGAUGAUUUUUUACCAUUCAAAAUAGUACAACAUUCUCAAAUUUGGAUACAUAUUGAUCGAUGUAAAAACUCAUUUCUUCCUUAUUUAGCUGCGUGUAAAAUUAACUAUUUACCUACUUGCACGUGCUUCCGUUUAAGGCAGGGUCUCAAAACACGCGG